UAUGGCAUCUUAUAAAGGCCACUUAUCUAUAGUACAAUAUCUAGUAGACACGUGUGACGUUCCUCCUGAUGAACCAGACAAUAGCAAUAACACUGCAUUACUGUACUCAGCAAUGGGGGGCCAUUCUGAUCUAGUGGAAUUCCUUAUUGAGAAAAAUUGUAAUACUUCUCAGAUUAAUUGUAUGAGUGCCUCUUUAUCAUUAUUAGCUUGUCAAAGUGGAGAGCUAGCAUUAGUCCACAAGCUUGAAUCAUUAAACCUCUUCUCACCAGAUUCAGUUACUAAUUUAGGACGAGGUAUACUGCAUUAUACUUGUCGUUCUAUGAAUAAUAAAAGCCUUGAACUUUUAAAGUAUCUUUUAAAUCAUUAUCAAUUAUCCAUUGAUGUAAAGGAUCGAUAUGGUAGGACUCCACUUCAUAUUGCUUCAUGGUUUGCUUCAUCAUCAGUUGUUGAGUAUAUUGUUAGUAUUCAAGGUAAUGAAGCAUUAUUAGUUACUGAUAAUACUGGUAGGUCAUGUUUACAUUAUGCAUGUAAAGCAGGUAUACAAAUUCUAGCUGGUAUUGUGUAUAGUAAGCUUAUGGCACAAAGUGAUGCAUCAGUUAUUGAGAUUGUUAAUAAUACAAAAAUAAAAACAAAUGUUGAUUUUAUUAAACGAAAUGAAAGAGUUAAAAUGUUUUCUUCACUUCUCAAGAAAGCUAGCACUUGCCCUAACUUUGACAUCAAUGCCACUACAAAUGAUGGCACGUCAUUGCUACAUUUUGCAUCAUUUAGUGGCAGUACAUUACUAGUGAAAGCAUUAAAACAAUAUAAUAUCAAUUGUACAGGUUCUACUAGUGUAUUAAGUCAUAUCAUAUCUCAGUAUAAUCUCAAUGCUAAUGAUACUGAUACUUAUGUUCUGAUGCCAUUAGUCUACUCCUGCUGGUCAGGUAGUAUUAAUUCUGUUAAAUAUCUUAUUACUAAUCACAAAUGUGAUCCUAGUAUUACUGAUAAGUAUGGUAUGACAUGUCUUUAUCAUUCUUGUCAUAAUGGUCAUAUUGAUAUCACUCAAUAUCUCAUUGAGGUACAGCAUUGUGAUAUUAAUAAAACAGAUAAUGAAGGAUGUACAUUAGUACAUCAUGCUGCAUGGAGUGGUAACUUUGAGUUAAUUCAGUAUCUUAUUACUGAACAAGGUUUGACUCCUAAUGCAGUUACUAAGAAUGGCCUCACUGCUUUACAUUAUGCCUCAGUCUCUCUUAAAUUAUUUCUUGUUAAAGAAUUAAUAACUACAUAUCAGUUAGAUCCUCAUCAAGCUGACAGUAAUGGUAAGCUACCAAUUCAUUAUGCUGCUGAAUCUGGUGAUAUUUUACUACUAGAAUUAUAUGUGAAGGAUUACAAAUCUAGUCUGAGUUUAACAGAUAACAAAGGUUGGAAUGUUAUUCAUUUUUCAUCAUUAAAAGGUCACACUCACUUUAUCAAGCAUAUCACCAGUCAGUAUCUUCAAUACAUUAGUUUACUACACUCUACUGACAAUGAGGGUUUUGUGCCAUUGCAUUCAGCCUGUGAGAGUGGUAAUAUUCAGUUGGUCACAUUUCUAAUAAAUGAUAUGAAAUGUGAUGUCAAUGCUAAGAAUACACGUGACAGUACAUUUGUCACAUUUGCCUGUGUCUCAGGUAAUCUUGAUCUAGUACAAUUACUAAUACAACAGUACAACCUUGAGCCUUUAGCUACUGAUCAAUGUGGCAUAGCAGCAUUACAUGCAGCAGCACAGACUGGUCAUACUCAUAUACUGAAAUGGUACAUUCAGGAGUAUAGUGUGGAUAUUACUAAUCAUACUAACAAUAACAAGUACACACUAGCUCAUUCAGCUGCUUAUGAAGGUAAGCUACAUUGUCUACAGGAACUGAUCAACAAGUAUCAUUGUGAUGUUAAUGCCACUACGACUGAUACUGGUAGUACAGUUCUUCAUGAAGCAUGUGAAGGAGGCCAUGUUCCUGUUGUACUUUAUCUCAUUAAUCUUCCUCAGUGUAAUGUAGCAGCUAAGACUUCUAAUGGAUCAACAGUUCUUCACAUUACAUGUGAGUACAGUGACUCUCUUCCUAUACUCAAACAUCUGGUAGAGAAUUAUCAGUUAGAUCUGUGUGCUGUAAAUGAUGAG